ACUAUUUGCACCUGUAUAUGCGAUAUUUGUGGGAAUACGUUUUAAAAAUAAAUUCACACUUAAAAAGCACAUUGAAUAUCAUCAUUCGGAAAAUCCACGAAAAGAUAAAGACCCCCAAACAUGUCCUAUUUGUCAUAAAGUGCUACGAGGCCAUAAGGGUCUAAGGGCCCACAUGAAAAACAUACACGAUGACAAUGGGGAGGAGCAUCGUUGUAAAAUCUGUAAUCAUGUUUCAACCACGGCCAAAGGUUUAAGAGUACACGAGAUCUUUCGUCAUGAAAAGGAAAGAAAACACAAGUGUUCGUUAUGUAAUAAGGCAUUCAAGAGGCCAUUGGAUUUAAGAGAGCAUAUUGCUACGCAUACAGGCAUGUCUUUGUAUAAAUGUGCUGAAUGUCAGGCGACAUUUAAGUCAAAUUCAAAUUAUUAUCAUCAUAGAAGGCGUUUUCAUAGUGGAAAAUCUAAAGCUGACUUAUUGAUUAAAAUAGCCGAUUGUCCUUAAUAAUGUAAAUAACUGUACAUUUAUUUUUUAUAUGUUAUUAUAAAUAAAUGAGA